AUGGCCAGGCAGCAGCAGCAGUAGCACAAGCACAAGCAGACAAUCACAAAACACACCAAACACCAAACAUUGGCACUGACAUCUGACAAACCGACAUCGCUCGUCCUAAAAUUGCUGCUCUUGUGCUUUUGGGUUUCACACUGAGUACAUAACCAAGAUUGCUAACGAUUUUACCCUGCAAAAUUCGAAAAAUUGACAACAUCAGAAGUACAUAGAUACAUACAACUAACCAAAAUAUUGAAAAAUGAGCCGUGGAACUGUGAUUCAUUGGUUUCGGAAAGGAUUGCGACUUCACGAUAACCCUGCGCUCCUGGAAGCUAUUAGAGAGUGCGAGAAGCAACCAGAAUUUAUCAAGGAGCUCCGUCCCAUUUUCAUUCUCGACCCAUUAAUUUUGGAUCAUAUGAGAGUUGGUCCCAACAGGUGGAGAUUCCUCCAGCAAAGCUUGUCCAACCUCGAUGACAGACUGAAAGCUCUGGGAAGUGCAUUGCUAGUAAUCAGAGGAAAGCCUGAAGAGGUGUUCCCCAAGUUGUUCAAAACUUGGAAUGUGAAGUGUAUCACGUUUGAAAAUGACAUCGAGCCUUACGCCAAGAAAAGAGAUGAGCAGAUCGAGGCUAUGGCAAAAGACGCUGGCGUCAAAGUCAUUCAGAAAGUGUCGCACACGCUGUACAGUCCAGCAAAGAUUUUGAACGCUAACAUGGGAAAGGUCCCACUUACUUACCAAAAGUUUGUUAGUGUUGCUGAAGGUCUGGGGCCACCUCCAGCUGCUGUUGAUGCACCCAAAAAAGUGCCCCCAGGCUACAGCGAAAUUCUGGAGAGUAGAGAGCUGAAAAUCCCCAAAGAAGAAGACAUUUUUGGAAAUACAAAUGUCCCCACCUUGGAGGAAUUGGGGCUUGAUGAAAGCAAGCUUGAGCCAUGCCUCUAUCCCGGUGGCGAAGCUGAGGCCCUGAAAAGAAUGCAAAUUUGUCUGGCAAAAAAGGCCUGGAUUUGCGAUUUUGAGAAGCCCAACACGUCACCAAAUAGCUUGAUACCUAGCACUACUGUACUCAGCCCUUAUUUGAAAUUUGGAUGUCUCUCGCCAAGACUAUUUUUCCAUGAAUUAAAUAAGAUCAUUAAAGGGAGGAAGCACAGUAAACCUCCUGUAUCCCUAGUAGGACAGAUGUACUGGAGGGAAUUUUACUAUGUUGUUGGUUUUGCAACUCCUAACUAUGACAGGAUGGUUGGAAACUCGAUUUGCUGUCAAAUUCCUUGGGGGAACAACCAAGAGCACCUUAAAGCAUGGACUGAGGGUCGCACUGGCUAUCCUUUCAUCGACGCAAUCAUGACGCAACUCAGAAAGGAGGGUUGGAUCCACCACUUGGCCAGACACGCUGUUGCCUGCUUCCUCACAAGAGGCGACCUGUGGAUAUCUUGGGAAGAGGGCCAAAAGGUAUUCGAAGAGCUCCUUCUUGAUGCUGAUUGGGCCCUAAACGCAGGAAACUGGAUGUGGUUGUCUGCAUCAGCAUUUUUCCAUCAGUAUUUCAGGGUUUACAGUCCUGUGGUGUUUGGAAAGAAAACAGACAAGUUUGGCGAUUAUAUCAAGAAAUAUUUGCCAAUUUUGAAGAAGUAUCCGGUGGAGUACAUAUAUGAGCCGUGGAACGCACCCUUGUCCGUGCAGAAGGCAGCUGGAUGCAUUAUCGGAACUGACUAUCCUCGACCAAUAGUGAAGCAUGAAGUGGUCUCAAAGGAAAAUAUUGCAAAAAUGAACGCGGCCUACAAAGCCAAUAAAGCCAAAAAAGGAGAAGCUGGAAAGAGCAAAUCAUCUGCAGCAGGUGGUGGGUCUUCAGCCAAACAAGCAAAAAAGAGGUGAACCCAAUAGGGUUGGAAGAUCUGUUAUUAAUUUGGGAACAAUAUUGUUCUCGUCAAUUAACAUUAAGUGGUACUUAAAAUACGCUGCGCGCUCCUUUCAAGGCCCAAAGUGCCCAAUUUCUUUAUUUUAUCCAUUUUCUUUGUUGAGUCCUUGAUGGACGUAAAAAUCCUUAACAGUUUAACAGACAUGCCUGCGUUCACUAAUUUCAUUUUCUUGCACUUUUGAAUUAUGUGAUGUUAAAAGCAGGUCUUGAAUAAAUCUUUUUAUUUUGAA